UGAAAAAUAAUUACAAUUCUUUCCACCGACCAUGACAAUGGCUUCAAUAAUAAUCGCUAGUCUGCCUCCACCACUACAGAGGUCGGCGAGCCCUAAUUUUGUGCAGGUCUACUUCGACCCCGACCACAUCCACACUCAUCUUAUCGAUCUUACCCCAUCGGCUUCCAGGGCCUCAGACCAUUCUUCUUCACGCUUCCACUGCCUCUAUGUGUCCUCCCUUUUCUGCUCCACCGCCUCCUGAUGUUACAAGCUGAAGUCAAUCCUUCCGAUCACCACGAUCGUCAGCACCGCCACGUCAUUGGUUCUACCCUCCACUAUCAACGCCUUUGAUCUGGCUUUCACGCUUGCUUUUUUCUACAUUAUCCGCGGUUGUUGAUUGGAUGGGUUGUUUUGGAAGCAGCUAAGUAGCGCUGGUCGCUGUCAGAUAUAGAGAUGGAGGGCAGGGAAUCCGUAUGCCUAUGCCUGUUGUAACCAUGUUCAAAUCCUGAUGUUUGCCAUUUUAUUGUGAGAAAGAUAGAGUUUGGUCAUACGGUCAUAAACGGAUGUGGAGAACAAGACGGUGAACCAUGAAUACAGGACAAGGCUGAAUUAAAGCUUGCAUCUCCGUCUGCACCUUAUGAUAAGCUUAUUAAAACAUGUUGCGACUCACUGAAGGUAUAAUUAGCUAUUGAUUUAGUUGAAUCUAUGUUUGAAGAAGAGUUAGCUGUGAGAAUAGAUACAUUUGAUUUUCUAUUAUCAGCAUCCUAUACAAGCCAUGAUUACAAUUUGGUUCAUUGCAUCAAUAAAAUGAUAAAUGAUCAUAAUAUACACCCUAAUGCUGACACCUUCAGAAGCAUGAUAGUUGCUGGGAGAUUCGUUAGAAGACGGGAAGCUGAAAGGUUACAGAAUCCAAAAAUAUCAAAAGGGUUCACCAACUACAAGGGAGAUGGGUCGUGGAGGUACCCACCUUGCAGAAAUUAUAAGAUAUUUGUAAGGGUUUCUUCACAAGAUCUUCAAGACAGGACAUUUGGCAAAGAUUUUUUAAUUUGGAAAAUCUGA